AUGCUCUCUGCAACUUCUGCCGCCUUGAGGGCCGGAGCUCGACGAGGUGCGCCCCGGGUUGCUCCCCGGGUUGCGGCUCUCGCGUCUCCUCCGAUCACCAUCCGAGGCCCGAGUUUGGCCGGUCGUAGGGCCCUGUCGGUGACAAGGACUCUGGCUUCUUUUCCUACGAGUGACCGAACUCGAGAGAUUGUUGCUCAGACCUUGAGCAGCAUUGGAAGCAAGCGAGAGGGGCAGCAAUAUCUCAAGCUCUUCACAUCUGUAUCUUCACAGAAAUUCGGUGUUAUUAAAGUAGGAGGUGCUAUUCUUCUCCAGCUCUAUCCAAUUGUAGUCCAUGGUGGUGGCCCGCAACUGAACCGCUUGCUCGAGGACGCGGGCGUCGAGCCUCGGUUUGAAGAAGGCAUUCGUGUAACCGACGCGAAGACUCUGGGCGUGGCACGCAAGCUCUUCCUCGAAGAGAACCUCAGACUGGUGGACAGGCUUGACCAGCUGGGCGUUGCCACUAGGUCCAUUAGCGGCGUCUUCAUGGCUGAUUAUCUGGACAAGGAGAAGUGGCAGUACGUUGGAAAGAUCACAAAGGUCAACAAGGAGGCUAUCGAGCAAUCGAUUGAGGCCGGGUAUAUUCCAGUUCUUACGUCCAUGGCCGAGUCUGAAGAUGGCCAACUGCUCAACGUUAACGCUGACGUUGCUGCGGCCGAGCUUGCCCGUGCACUGGAGCCUUUGAAGGUUGUGUACCUGUCAGAGAAGGGUGGCUUGUUUAACGGCGAAGGAGACAAGAUCUCACACAUUAACUUGGACGAGGAGUUCGAUCACCUCAUGUCACAGCCUUGGUGCCGAUACGGUACGCGCCUCAAGAUCAAGGAGAUCAAGGAACUUCUCGACACCCUUCCCAGGACCUCCAGCGUUGCCAUCAUCCAUCCCAGUGACCUUCAAAAGGAACUCUUCACAGACUCUGGCGCCGGCACUUUGAUCCAACGAGGAGAUAAGAUUCAAAGGGCGACCUCCGUGUCAGAUUUCGAGGACCCGGAUAAGAUUAAAGCAGCCCUGAUUCGCGAUCGAGAGGGCCUUGACGCUGAGGCAACUGUUGACCGUUUUAUCGAUCUCUUAAGGGAGAACCCCUUUACUGCAUACUAUGAUGAUGCGUUGCAGUGCAUUGCGAUUGUUGUCCCUGCUGGCAAUGACCGACCGAUAGCUACUCUUGCUACUUUGGCCAUCACCAAGUCCGGCUGGCUGACCAAUGUGGCUGAGAACGUUUUCACCGCCAUCAAGAAGGACCACCCCAGCCUUGCCUGGACUGUCAAUGAGCAUGAUGAGAACUUGACCUGGUUCUUUGAGAAGUCCGACGGGAGCUUUCACCACAAUGGCAGCGUCUUGUUCUAUUAUGGCUGUGAUCUUCGAUCUGAAGCCCUGGCUCCCGUCUAUGAUGACUUUGUUUCUAAUGGACGCGCUAUGCUGGGUGAUUCCAACCUUGAGGCUCGACUGCGUCGUGCCGCCCAAACGGCUAAUCAGGCACUGAGGGACUCUCAAGUUCAGGCUUAA